UCACAUGACACUAGAGUACUUGAGCACAAAGACUGUGCCAAUCAAUUCAGAUAUCCUCUGAGCUUGCCAUGGAGAUUCCUCAGAGAUUCUCUCUGCUCUUCAUCUUCUUCUUCUCCAUCGCUGCACUGGGUGGACUCUCAGCUUAUAACAAUGAACAAGAUUCCACCAUCAAGACCAUGGAGGAGUUCUCUGGGUACCCAAUUCACGAGCCCCACUUUCCAAAUUCAGUUUCUUCUUUAUCGGUGGACACUCUCUCUCUGCAAAAACAGAUUGAUGAGCUAUCAACUUUCUCAGAUUCACCUGCACCUUCAGUAACUAGGGUGUUGUACAGUGAGAAGGAUGUAGUGGCAAGGAGGUAUGUAAAGGAUUUGAUGAGUCGUUCUGGUCUCUCUGUACGUGAGGAUGCAGUAGGCAACAUUUUUGGUCGGUGGAAUGGCUAUGAACCUGAGCUAGCCCCAGUUGCAACGGGCUCACACAUUGAUGCCAUACCAUUCUCGGGGAAAUAUGAUGGCGUGAUUGGUGUUUUGGGUGCAAUCGAGGCAAUUAAUGUAUUGAACAGAUCUGGCUUCAAGCCUAAGAGGUCACUGGAAGUAAUCAUGUUCACCUCAGAAGAGCCUACAAGGUUUGGGAUCAGCUGCUUGGGAAGCCGCUUAAUGGCGGGGAGUGUGGAACUUGCCAAACUUCUCAAGAAGACAGUGGAUGGUCAAAAUAUUUCGUUUGCUGAUGCUGCAAAGUCUGCUGGUUACGGGAAUGCUCUAGACUUUUCCAGCGUGCUCUUAAAGAAAGGAAGUUAUUCUGCGUUUAUAGAACUGCACAUAGAGCAAGGUCCCCUUCUAGAAGAAGAAGCUCUACCUAUCGGGGUUGUGACUGCGAUUGCUGCUCCCGCGAGUAUCAAAGUUGACUUCGAAGGCAAUGGAGGCCAUGCUGGAGCUGUUCUGAUGCCAAAGAGAAACGAUGCUGGACUGGCUGCCACGGAGUUGGCACUAGCAGUAGAGAAACACGUAUUGGACUCGGGAUCAAUUGAUACAGUUGGCACUGUUGGUAUUCUGGAGCUGCAUCCAGGAGCAAUAAACAGCAUCCCGAGCAAAUCACACCUGGAAAUAGAUACACGUGAUAUAGAUGAAAAGCGAAGAAAUGAUGUUGUUGAGAAAAUACGUGAGUCUGCCUUAAGCAUAUCCGAGAAACGUAGAGUGAAGGUGUCAGAAUUUAAAAUAGUGAACCAAGAUCCUCCUGCCCUUUCCGACGAAUCAAUCAUUAGAGCAACAGAAUCAGCGUGCCGGGAGCUAAAUUUGAGUUACAAGAAAAUGAUUAGCCGAGCCUAUCAUGAUUCCUUGUUCAUGGCCAGAAUAUCUCCAAUGGGCAUGAUAUUCAUUCCAUGCUACAAAGGAUACAGCCAUAAACCCGAAGAAUUUGCAGGUGUUGAGGAUAUUGCAAAUGGUGUGAAAGUAUUAGCAUUCACUCUUGCAAAGUUGUCCUUGUCUUGAUAUGCCUUGAACACAAGAAAGAUCAGAAGAGUAACGCUAAUAUUUGCUUUCAAGUGAUUGCUAGUUUGAAAGCUUACAAUCCAACAAGAAGAAUAGUUCCCUUUGUAAGGCUAAUAUUCAGCAAAGCAUGGUGUAACGCUAAUAAGACUUUGCUUAAUUAAGUUAUUUUUAGUCUAAAUA